AUGUUGCAUCUUAUUAAUUUCCUCAUUUUAAAAUCCAUUUUAAUUUCAAAUUUAGACAGCAUAUUAUCUACACUGCUUUUAUAAUCAUUUGUUGUUUCUGUCCUUAAAUCUUUAAAAAAGGGAGAAGUUAACAAACCUAAAAUAUUCUUAAAACUAAAACCGGACUUAAUGUUAGUUGUUAAGAAAUAAGAACUUUGCAAAAUAAUAUCGAAAUUUAAAAAUUCGAGAAUUUAUUUCAAUUCUUGGAAAAUAAAUAUGCUAUAGUAAUUAAAUCUCUUUUUUUAAACUGAGAUUUUAAUGGAUAUUAUAAAUGAUAAUUAAUUAUCAAGUAGCUAAAAAUUAAAUUUUAUUUAAAUCCUGAGAUAAUAAAUGAAGAAAAAUAUAAAAAAUUCUCGAACCUAUUAAAAGAUAUCGGAUGAAUAGAAAAAAAAACUCUUGAAAUUAGUUUGCCUUCUAGGUUUUAAAAUAAAAGCCGUAUUUUUAUAUAAUAAUUCUGUUUAGGCAGCAAAAAAAUUAAAGCUUAAAUAUGCAGCAGCCAAAACUUACAUAAUUUACUAUAGGAACAAUGUUAUGAGGUCUAAAAUUUAAAUCAACUCCAAAUUAGAAUGUUAGAUUGCACCACUUUCAUCAAAAAAGUGCAAAUUAAACAUUGUAUCGAAACUAGGAGGAGAUGUAGUUGGACAACUCCAAUUUGAAUAUCCCACCAUGAAUUAAGAAUGA